AACAAAACAACUAAAAUAAAACCAACCCAAAGGAAGUGAGAACAAGGCGCCUGCCUAUUCCAGAGCCCCUAGUGAUGCUUGCUAUGGGGCUGGCAUUGUGGGCGGCUUGCGAGCUGUAAGCGGGCUGCGGGUUUUGAGUGGGAUUGGUGAGCCCAUCUCUAUCUGCGGGCGAUGCAUCCAUCUUUCUGGGGAGCAUGCGGAGGCGUGAGGUCAAGAAUUGGCUACUGUCCUCAAUUUCAUGCCUUGCUGGAAUAUAUGACUGCUCAGGAAAUAAUGAUUAUGUAUGCCAGAAUAUGGGGAGUCUCUGAGCCCCAGAUUGGGCUGUAUGUGAACAAAUGGUUGAAUUCACUGGAACUGGAGUCUCAUGCUGACAGGCUUAUCAACACCUACAGUGGAGGAAACAAACGUAGGCUGAGUACUGCUAUUGCCCUAAUGGGAAGGUCUUCAGUCAUCUUCCUGGAUGAGCCAUCAACUGGCAUGGACCCAGUAGCCAGACGCCUGCUCUGGAACACGGUGACAAAGACACGUGAAAGUGGAAAAGCCAUCAUUAUAACCUCCCACAGUAUGGAGGAAUGUGACGCCCUCUGUACCAAUCUAGCCAUUAUGGUGCAAGGGAAGUUCACUUGCUUGGGCAGCCCUCAGCAUCUCAAGAACAAGUUUGGCAACAUUUACAUCCUGAAGGUUAAGGUCAAGACUGAAGAUAAAUUACAGGAUUUCAAAUGUUAUGUUGCAACAACAUUUCCAGGUAGUGUCUUAAAACAUGAAAAUCAAGGGAUCCUUAACUACUACAUUCCUAGCAAGGACUGUCGCUGGGGAAAGGUGUUUGGCAUUUUGGAGCAAGCUAAAGAGCAAUUCGAUUUAGAAGACUAUUCUGUCAGUCAGAUCACACUGGAACAGGUCUUCCUGACCUUUGCUAACCCAGAGAAAUCAUCCAGUGAUGAUGAAAAUGAGGUGCCAUGAGAUUCAGUUACAACCAGUGACC